AUGAAGACAAAUGAUGAUGUAGAAGAAUAUAUAGUAAAAAUUGCUGAUUUUGGGUUGGCAAGAGAUAUUGAAGUAAAACGUCCUUGUACAGAAUAUGUCAGCACAAGAUGGUAUCGUGCACCAGAAAUUAUUCUUCGGUCCAAUACUUACUCUUCGCCAAUAGAUUUAUGGGCAGCAGGUGCUAUUAUGGCAGAAUUAUUCACUUUAAAACCAUUAUUUCCGGGUAAAAGUGAAAUUGAUCAAUUAUUCAAGAUUUCUGAAGUAUUAGGCAGUCCAUGUGAGCAAGCAGAACUUCCUGUAAAAAUUGGUGAGAUCUAUGGAGGUGAAUGGAAAGAAGGAAUUAAAUUAGCCAAAUCAUUAGGAUUUUCUUUUUUGCGGAUACCACCUAAGCCACUAUCUAAAAUUUUUACUUCUGUUACUCCACCAUAUUUUAUUGAAUUUGUCUUACAAUUAUUGCAAUAUGAUCCAAAACGACGUCUUAGUUCAUUAGACGCACUUAAACACCCAUAUUUUGUAGAGAGUGAUUUAAUAUUUGUGCCACCGUAUGAAUCUGAAGAAAUAAAGGGUACAAGAGGAAUGGAGAAAAAAAGAAAAAAAGAAAAUUUUUUGUCAUUUAGAAAGGGUGGAAAUUUAAUGCCUGGAGAUAAAAAAAAACAUAAUCAAUACUCUUGGAGUAAAGUAUUUGAUGAACCUUGUGGUACAUUUCCUUUUAAUUUGUUAUCACCUUUAGAUAUGGAAGAUGUGAAUGAAGUUAGAGAAAAAGAUUUUAAACUUCCAUCAAUUGAAUCUAAUAUAACUGAAGAUUUAUUCGUAGAUAGUCCUACUAAUAUUUCUUCCAGUUCAUUAUUAACUAGUAAUAGAAAUAUUUCAGCUUCGCGAGGAAUAUUUCAAUUUUCAACAACUGUACAUAAGCGAAAUCGAUCAAAUACUAUGAGUGAGGUUGAUCGAAUUGCCAAGGAGAUUGAAAAAAUAAAUAGAGAUGUUGAAUCAACAAAUUCCAAUAUUUGUUAUAAUAAUAAUAAGACCGCCGAUGAUUUUCAAAGAUAUCAACUUCCAGAAGAUGUUAUGAAAUUCUUUAAUAUAUCAGAUGAUUCGUCACCCUUGAUAAAAAGAUCAUAUAGUAAAUCAAAAGAUUUUAUGAAAAUUCAUCGAAGAUAUUCAUCUACUUCGGCGGCAUUUCCUGGAGAGAUUUCACCUUUAUCAUCACCAACGGUUGAUUUUCAGAUUCAUCAAAAAAAACCAUCUAUUGCAAGUAGUCAAGAUCAUUAUAGAAACGAUAGUGGUAGUAAUGAUGGUGGUGGUAGUUCUCUACGACGUGAAAAAUUGAAUAAUAUUAAUGAGAAUUGUAAGGUAAAACCCGUAAUGACGACAAAGCGAUCAUUUAUAUUUGAUGUUACUAAAGGAGGAGGAAGAUUAUUUUCAUCAUCGUCAUCAUCUAAAGAGUCACCUAAAGAACCAUCAAUAUCAAAAUUACGAUCUAGUAGUAAUGGUGAUGGUAAUGAUGGUAGUUCUCAACGACUUGAAAAAUUGAAUGAGAAUAUCAAAGGAAAACCUGCAAUGACGAAGAAACGAUCAUUUAUAUUUGAUGUCACUAAAGGAGGAUUAUUUUCAUCAUCUAAAGAACCAUCAAUAUCAAAAUUACAAUCUAUUAAGUCACCUAAGGAAGAAGAUUCAUCGAAUGAUCCCAAAAAGUCAAAUUUUAAAAAAGAGAGAAAACAUACUAAUUCUUCAGGUUUAUUUUCUACAUUGGGAGCAAAAAUUUCGUUACAUUAA